AUGUGCGGUCUAGAUGGACAUGGCGGCAGCGGCUCGUCCUCAUAUCCGCUACGGGCACCAGUGCCCGUCGGGAAGAGAGCCAACAAGCUGUACAGGGACCGCACGGCGAACUUCUACUCGCCAGGACAAUGGGAGAAGGUCAAUCUGCUCUCCAUGAUGCACCUCGCAGUCCGCUCCGACCCCUCAGUCAUCGCCCUCUCAGUAUGGCACAGCCCAGGCCUCACCCGCCCACCCUUCGCCGACGCCACAGCCUCGACAAACGACUACACCCCUUCCAAAGUAGGCGACGCAUUCGGUCCGUCCUGGUCAACGCACUGGUUCCGCGUCCGCGUAACGAUCCCAGAGGACAUGCGCCAGAUGGACCACCUCGAACUCCACUGGGACUGCAGCAACGAAGCAACAGUCUGGACCUCGACCGGCGAGCCCCUGCAAGGCCUCACGGGCCGCGGCGAACGCAUCGAGUGGAUUCUCCCCGAGGCGUUCAAAGACGGGGAGGAGCAUGUUUUCUAUCUGGAGAUGGCGUGUAACGGGAUGCUCACCAACGCGGCGGGCGAGCCGAUUUUCAAGAAUAAUGCCAACGGGGACGCGAUUCAACCUCCUGACCCGAAUAAGAUCUUCACCUUGACGAAAGCCGAGAUUGUGGGCGUGGAUUUGCAGGCGAGGGCGUUGCAUGCGGAUAUCACCGUCAUCCACCAGGCGGCGGAGGAGUUCCCUGAGGACUCGUGGGAGCAGCAUGAGGCGCUGAAUGUUGCGACGAGGAUCAUUAACACGUUUCGGGUCGGUGACCGGGCGUCGAUUGUGAAGAGCAGGAAGAUUGCGGAGGAGUAUUUGGGGCCUAAUGUCGAUUCGGCGCGGGUAUUUGAUGUCGCCGGUGAAAAGGGGGCGAGCGUCUACGCGAUUGGGCAUUGUCAUAUUGACACGUGCUGGUUGUGGCCUUGGGAGGAGACGAAGCGCAAGGUUGCGAGGUCGUGGUUGAAUCAGUGCGACUUGAUGGAUCGGUAUCCCGAGCUGAACUUUGCCUGUUCGCAGGCUCAGCAGUUCAAAUGGCUCAAACAAUUCUACCCCCACGCCUGGACCCGCGUCAAGUCCAAAGUCGCAGCCGGCCAGUUCCACCCCAUCGGCGGCUGCUGGGUCGAGCACGACACCAAUAUCCCGAGCGGCGAAUCCCUGAUACGGCAGUUCCUCUUUGGCCAGCGCUUCUUCGAGAGCAAUUUCGGCCGGCGCUCGACGACGUGCUGGCUGCCGGACACCUUUGGCCAGUCGAGCCAGAUGCCGCAGCUGUGUCGGCAGGCCGGGAUGAACCGGUUCCUGACGCAGAAGAUUUGCUUUAAUAAUAUGAAUGAGUUUCCUCAUACUACGUUCAACUGGGUUGCUCUUGAUGGGAGCCAGGUUAUUUGUCAUAUGCCGCCUGCGAGGACGUACUGCGCCAACGCGACGUUUGGGGACGUGAAGCGUAGUAUGACGCAGCACAAGUCUCUGGACCAAGAUCACACCUCUCUCCUAGUUUUCGGCAAAGGCGACGGCGGCGGCGGCCCAACCCGUCCCCAACUCGAAUCCCUCCGCCGCCUCCGCGGUCUCGCCGACACAACGGGCCUCCUCCCGCGCGUCCACUCCGGCGGCACCCCAGACGACUUCUUUGACCGCCUCGAGAGUAAGGCUCAUACGUUCCCCACGUGGCACGGCGAGCUGUACUUUGAGCUGCAUCGCGGGGUGUAUACUACGCAAGCGCAGACGAAGCUGAAUAACAGAAAGGCGGAGAUUCUCCUCAGGGAUGUGGAGCUGUUGGCGACGAUUGCGUCUGUGGAGGACAAGGGGUAUAGGUACCCGAAGAAGGAGUUGGACGAGAUGUGGGAGGGGGUUUAUGCGAAUGUCUUUAGUAUCGGCAACACGAUUUUGAGAGACAUUUACAGCGUACUCGAGAUCAACGACGUCAGCGAGAACACAACCGGAUCCGAGAGGCUAGUAGCCCUCAACACCCUAGGAUGGCCUCGAAAGGAAGUUCUCACCACCAACGGCAAAGACUUCAUCGCCAACGGCACCGGAACCCUCAUCGCCACCGAGGAAAUCACCCAAACGGAGACCACCAAACCCCUCGUAACAGUCGAGGAAGUCUCUGAAGGCAUCUUCGUCCUCGAAAACAGCCACUUCACAGUAACAGUCGAAUCCGGCACCAUCACCUCCCUCCUUGACCGCCGCGCCGCCAACCGCGAGGUCCUCGCCCCCGGCAGCGGCAGGGCAAAUCAGCUCGUCAUCUUUGAUGACAAGCCUAUUUACUGGCAGGCGUGGGACGUGGAGGUUUUCCACCUCGAGACAAGAGAGGAGGUGCGCGGCGGGCGGACGAGUGUGCUGGAGGCGUCGCCUUUGAGGGUGAGUGUUGUUACGGAGACGCGGAUCAGCGAGGUCAGUUCUGUGAGGACGGUGAUCAGUCUUGCUGCGGUGGUUGAUGAGAGCGCGAGUGCGGGCGUGGGCGUGGAGUGUACUGCGGAAGUCGACUGGCAUGAGACGAUGAAGUUUCUCAAGGUUGAGUUCCCGGUUGAUGUGCGGCAUCACGAGGCGUCGUACGAUACGCAGUUUGGGGUUAUUCGGCGGCCGACGCACUACAACACGUCCUGGGACAUGGCCAAGUUCGAAGUCUGCUGCCACAAGUACGCGGACCUCUCGGAAUACGGGUACGGGGUGUCCGUCCUCAACGACAGCAAAUACGGCUUCGCGACCGUCGGCAACACGAUGAGGCUGUCGCUCCUGCGGUCGUCCAAGGCGCCUGACGACAACGCCGACAUGGGGAGGCACACGAUUCGGUGGGCGAUUUUGCCUCAUCGGGGUCCGUUGGGCCCGGAGACGGUGAGGGCGGCGUAUGAGUUCAAUAACCCGCUGAAGAUCGUCUCUGCGUCUGUGGGUUCUCCGUUGUCGAAGGCGGGAGGUGGUGCUGCUGGAAGCUUCGCGGUUGCGUUGACCGGGGAUGAGAAUUUGGUGUUGGACACGGUGAAGCGCGGCGAGGAUGAUGAGGAUGUUGGCGAUGGCGAGUUGCCUGUUCGUGGUGGGCGCAGCGUGAUUGUGCGUGUGUAUGAGAGUUUGGGGGGUCGUGGACGGGGGAGGGUGGUGACGAAGUGGGCUGUGAAGAGCGUGUACAAGACGAAUCUGCUGGAGGACGACGAGGAGGAGGUUCGUGUUGAGGAUAGCGGGUUCGAAGUUGAUCUUGGGCCGUUUCAACUUCAGACGUAUCGGCUUCAGUUGGUGGAUUGA